AAACUAAAACUGGGUCGAAGACAGUAUUAGUAGAAGUGAGAGUGAAGAAGCCGUUCUUCAGUUCGCGAAAGCAGACAGAUCGUGUAUGUUUGUGGUGUGGACCUAGACAUUGCCAUCAUGAAGAACAAUUUCCUUUUGGUCUUCCUCCUCUUCUUCUUCAUCGUCCACAAAGUCAGAACCGGUGCCAUCAAAGCACCAUUGAGCAUAAUAACACUAGAUGAUAUAACAGAAGACGAGAGAAAACACAUAGACUCAUAUGUACAGUAUGAAAGGUCGAAGAGGUCAGGAUCUUCAUCUGCAGACUUGCUGGGUGUUCUCAAGACUCUAUUGGCCCAAGGCGCCAAAGCAAAAUUGAGGCUCAUAGGCAGAGCAUCUGCUGCAGCUUCCUCUUCAUUAGCAGGCUCAAGCUCCAGUUCAAGUAGUGGGAAAAGCUAUCCCAGCCAUGGGUACAGUUACCAUCCACACCCUGUACAGGAGAAACCAGACCCUUGGUGGAUGAAAAAAGCAGUUUUGAACACUCUCCUUCAAGCAGUUAAGGCCAUAAAAGGUGGCGUGUUAGCGUUGAAAGGCCAGCUUAUAAAGGGUGGAGGUUACCUCUUGGUAGGAGGCGGUAAGCUGGUGAAAGCCAAGGGAGAAGUCAUCACCAACCUUGGAAAAAAAAUUGCCAGAACUGCAUUUAGGGAAAUGCAUUCUUCAGAAGUUCAUGAAGAUGCUUCUUAUGGUCACUACCAUCCGGAAGUAGAAUAUGGACCACCAUCUGGACCUGGACCAGAUCAUUUUCCAGAUCACUUUCAUCACGUUGAUUACCAGGGGUCUUAUCCAGACAACAAAGCAUCAGGGGUGCAAUCAGGAAUUCUCAUACUUAAGAAAAUACCAUCAGGGAAGAACACCCACUCAUCACAUCAUGGGGCAGAGUCGACAAUAAACGAGUACAAAACUGUGGAACCGAGUUUUGGCACCAUAGUCGGCAAACUGUUCUCCGCUGCAUCUUCAUCUAAUCCUGACUCUCCUGUACCAUUCACGGACUACCGACAUACGCACCCACAACCAGACGAUUACCCUAGCGGGGAAGCAUCAGACGACAGCAACCAUCACGAUCAGGGUAACUUAGAUUCCGAUUUCGAGCUUGAACCUGCUUUUGAUUCUCCUGAGGCCAACAAGGUAAUUGAACCAGAGAGCUCAGGAGAAGUUGAUCUCGGUCCUCACAACCUUAAGGUCACCCAGGGCGAUUCCCAGCAUUCCAAUCCACCUUCGGUGGAACAGAACCCACCCAAACUCCCUGCCGUUGACUUCAAGGGUAUUCCGCAAGGAACCAACUUCGGUACUUUCAUAAACUUGGCUCAGGAUUUCGAUCAGUUGAAUCCUUCCACGAAUGCCAUCAAAUCACAGAGCUAUGACUUGAACCAUUAUGGUCUUGGUGAUUUCCAAAACCAUGUGCCCAAUCAGGCUUCUAAUUCGGGUGGUAACUUUGCUGAACCACCAGAACAUUUUGCUCAAAACUCAGCUACUAGUUUCAGCAACUACCAGAAUUUCCAACAAGAGCCAAUUAAGGCUAGUAACCCGAAUAUUUUCGAUCACAACUUUGCUGAGCCUCCUGGUGGUUUGCUCCAAUACAACCUUGAAGCUCCACAAGGUAGUUUCCAAGGAGUGGCAUUGUCUGCAAAGUUUGGUUCCUUUGAGCAGUUGCCCACUCAGUUGGAUAAAAAUGAUUUCACAUCCAAUAAGAACUUUUUAGGGCCCUACAACCCUGAGUUUUUGGAAAAAGUUCACAGACCUCAACCUCCAAAAAAAAGUUAUGAUAAGUACCGAGGUCAUCUAAAUAGCACCCCUAAAAUCAAUCAACACUUAGUGAAUCCUUCUUCCAAUUUAGACCUUCCACGUUUUGCACCAAAUCAUCUUGAGUCCCCCAAAGGGAAUAAUAAUCAUAAUUUUCCCCCCUUUCCUAAAAGACCCUCAGGGCCACCCUUUAGGUCUCCUUUCCCACAACAACCCUCUAUGUACAACAGGAAAAAACCACCUACCUCUACAAAACCUAGACAGGUUGUUAGUCAGCAGUUCGCCAAUCAGUUUACUAGAAGUAAAAACCAACCCAGACCGCCAAAUUUUGACAUUGUACAAUCAGUCACUUACCAAUUAGGACCAAAUGAACCUACGAAGCUAUAGACUGACUGACACAAAUAAGGGUACGUCUCGAAUUACGAAUAUAUAGAUCCGUAUUUCAAGUGAAACCACAGAGCCAGACAUGUACAUAUUAUUCUUUAUUUUAGGAUAUGAGAUUAUUGUUAGAUUGUUAUUUAUUUUUUAUAUUGUUAAAUAAAAUUUUAAAUUAA